AUGCAGCCCCUGUGGCUCUGCUGGGCACUCUGGGCGCUGCCCCUGGCCGGCCCCGGGGCGGCCCUGACCGAGGAGCAGGUCCUGAGCAGUCUGCUGCAGCAGCUGCACCUCAGCAAGGUCCCUGUCCUGGGCAAGGCCGACAUGGAGGGGCUGGUCAUCCCUGCCCACGUGAGGGCCCAGUACGUGGCCCUGCUGCAGCGCAGCCACAGGACCCGCUCCCGGGGGAAGAGGUUCAGCCAGAACUUCCGAGAGGUGGCCGGCAGGUUCCUGGUAUCUGAGGCCUCCACACACCUGCUGGUGUUCGCCAUGGAGCAGCGGCUGCCGCCCAACAGCGAGCUGGUGCAGGCGGUGCUGCGCCUGUUCCAGGAGCCGGUCCCCAAGGCCGCGCUCCGCAAGCACGAGCGGCUCUUUCCGGGCAGCGACCGUGCCCGGGUCACCGUCCAGUGGCUGCACGUCCGCGACGACAGCUCCAACCGCACCUCCCUCAUCGACUCCAGGCUGGUGUCCAUCCACGAGAGCGGCUGGAAGGCCUUGGACGUGACCGAGGCAGUGAACUUCUGGCGGCAGCUGCACAGGCCCCGGCAGCCGCUGCUUCUGCAGGUGUCGGUGCAGCGGGAGCACCUGGGUCCGCUGGCCUCCAGCGCCCACAGGCUGAUCCGCUUCACCUCCCAGGGGCCGUCGGGCGCCGGGCAGGGGGAGCCCCAGCUGGAGCUGCACACCCUGGACCUUAGGGACUACGGAGCUCACGGAAAUUGUGAUCCUAAGGCGCCAAUCACUGAGGGCACCCGCUGCUGCCGCCAGGAGAUGUACAUUGACCUGCAGGGAUUGAAGUGGGCUGAGAACUGGGUCCUGGAGCCCCCAGGCUUCCUGGCCUAUGAGUGUGUGGGCACCUGCCAGCAGCCCCCAGAGUCCCUUACCUUCAAGUGGCCAUUUCUGGGGCCGCGACAGUGCAUCGCCUCAGAGACGACCUCGCUGCCCAUGAUUGUCAGCAUGGAGGAGGGAGGCAAGCGCAGGCCCCAGGUAGUCAGCCUGCCCAACAUGAGGGUGCAGAAGUGCAGCUGUGCCUGGGACGGGGCGCCCGUGCCAAGGAAGCUGGAGCCAUAG